CUUUGUGCUCCAGGUGUCUGAAUUGAUUGCAGUAGGACAUCUUUCACUAAGAAAUAAAUAAAAUGGAACAGAAUGGGUCUGCUUCAAAUGCUGAUAAAAUCCCCCAGAAUCGCCUGUCGAGUAUUACCGAGGAUGAAGACCAAGAUGCUGCUCUUACCAUUGUGACUGUGCUGGACAAGGUAGCUACCAUUGUGGACACUGUGCAGGCAAGCCAGAAGAGAAUAGAAGAGAGACACAGGGAGAUGGAAAAUGCCAUAAAAUCUGUUCAGAUUGACCUGUUGAAGCUUUCACAGUCACAUAGCAAUACAGGCUAUGUCAUUAACAAGCUGUUUGAGAAAACACGAAAAGUCAGUGCUCACAUUAAAGAUGUGAAGGCCCGGGUGGAGAAGCAGCAAGUUCAUGUGACAAAAGUUGAAACCAAGCAAGAGGAAAUAAUGAAGAAGAAUAAAUUCCGUGUAGUGAUAUUCCAGGAAGAGAUUCGGUGUCCAACAUCUCUGUCUAUUGUUAAAGACAGAAACCUAACUGAGAAUCAGGAGGAGGAAGAUGAAGCCUUUGAUCCCCCAAUAGAUCUCUCUUCGGAUGAAGAAUAUUAUGUUGAAGAAAGCAGAUCUGCCAGGCUUAGAAAGUCAGGCAAGGAGCGCAUUGAUAACAUCAAAAAGGCAUUUUCCAAAGAAAACAUGCAGAAGACACGGCAGAAUUUUGACAAGAAAGUGAACAGAAUUAGAACUAGAAUAGUGACUCCAGAGAGGCGAGAAAGGUUAAGGCAGUCGGGGGAGAGGUUGAGGCAGUCAGGGGAGAGGCUGAAACAGUCAGGGGAGAGAUUUAAGAAGUCUAUUUCUAAUGCUGCUCCCUCAAAGGAAGCUUUUAAGAUGCGUAGCCUGAGGAAAGCAAAGGACCCCACAGUGACCCAAGGUCUGGAUGGGGACAGGGAGAUGGGCGUGGAUAUCAUUGCAGGGAGCCCAUCUCUGGGCCCUGUCCAUGAGCUGCACACUGAUGAGCCCAGUGACACAGAACAGGAGGCCACCAGGGUGGGGUAUGCUCCCCGAGAAGGAGGGGACGUCCCAACCCCAGAGCCUUUAAAGGUUACUUUUAAACCUCAAGUGAGAGUGGAAGAUGAUGAGUCUCUUUUGUUAGAUUUAAAGCAGUCUUCAUAAAGAGGAAUUCAGAGUCAGUCUACAUCUCCUUAAUCAUGCUUUUUUAGUUUGAAUAGUCAUUUAUUUUUAUGCUGUGUAAGAAAAAAAAAUGAUAGGGCUAUUUCAUUUCUUAUGUUUAAAAUCUUGAAGAUCAUAUAAAU